CUCUUGACUCUCUCUCUUUCUCAAUCUUUUUUUUUGCAUUCUUUAACUUGUCUACUCAGUCAGCCGCACUUAUAUAUUUAUGUGUGUGUUUGACUUGGAUAACCAAGUGUUGCAAGCGGUGGCUGGCUUUUUUUUUUUAUUUUGGCAGCUCGCCAAAACAUUCUCCCCUUAUUUUCCCAAAAGAGACACACGGCUUCCACACACACAAAUAUAUACACUACCACACACUGGCGGCAUCCUAAUUUUUUUUCCUCCAAACAAAAAUGCAUGCCGGCAACUCUAA